GACAUUACGUAACAUGGGGAAAAAGUUAAUUUGUAAGUUAGUUUUGCACUCUGUCGUUGCACUGUUCUUGCAAGAGAUAAGAUAAGGACGUGUUUAGGACAACGUCUAUCUCUUUUUUGGAGGUAACAAGAGAAAAAAGUGUGUUAGCAGACAUGAGGGUGUGCAUCAUUGGAGCGGGGGUCAUCGGCCUCUCCACCGCUCAGAGCAUCUACCAGCACUUUCACAGCAGGAUCAGCCCCCUCACCAUAGAGGUGUAUGCUGAUGUCUUCACUCCACUCACCACCAGCGACGGGGCAGCUGGACUCUGGCAGCCGUAUCUCUACGACAAGGGCAAUGUGCAUGAAACUAAAUGGAACAAAGAGACGUUUGACUAUCUACAAAGUUGCCUCACCUCGCCAGAUUCAGUGAAAAUGGGAAUCUUCCUUCAGUCUGGCUACAAUCUGUGCACUGAACCCCUGCCAGACCCCUCAUUUAAAGAUGCGGUGUUGGGUUUUCGCCAGCUGACUAAACGUGAACUAGACAUGUUCCCGGGAUACAGUUUUGGUUGGUUUAACACCGCUCUCAUGAUUGAAGGAAAGACAUACCUGCCCUGGCUUAUGGACUGGUUAAGACAAAGAGAGGUCAAGUUUUAUCAGAGGAAGAUUGGUUCAUUUAAAGAGUUGGCAGAUAGUGGUGCUGAUGUUAUCAUCAACUGCUCCGGUGUCCGAUCAGGAGACCUCCAGCCUGAUCCUGAGCUCCAGCCAGCCAGAGGACAGAUCAUUAAGGUAGACGCUCCCUGGUUGAAACACUGGAUCCUCACACAUGAUUCCUCAUCAGGAGUCUAUAACUCACCGUACAUCAUUCCUGGGAGUCGUUUAGUCACUGUGGGUGGAGUUUUCCAAGUAGGAAACUGGAAUCUGCAGAACAGUUCUGUUGACCAUAAAGGAAUCUGGGAAGCCGCCUGCAAGCUUGAGCCCAGUCUACAGCGUGCACGGAUAGUAGAGGACUGGACUGGUCUCAGGCCCGCACGCAGCAAAGUUAGACUGGAGAGAGAGACCAUACGAUCUGAACCAACCUCGUUUGAGGUCAUUCAUAACUACGGACAUGGUGGUUUUGGACUGACCAUCCAUCGUGGAUGUGCUGAGGAAGCUGCUCGUCUCUUUGGACAGAUCCUGGAGCAGAAAGGCCUGCUAGCACACUCUAAAUCACGUCUCUAAUAGAUCUAUGCCUCUGGACAAAUGUUUAGACAUGUUAUCUACAGUAUCAAUUCUUAUUCUCACUAAUCUAAUAACAAUUAUCACACUGAUUCCCCCAAGAGAUAAUGAAUCUUCAGAAUUUCAUACAUUUCUCUACAUUUCUCUGCACUAAUCUAUAAUAAAGAUACAUAUACUCACUUUUUUUUUUCUUGAAGCAUAAUUUAUUGUUAUCAUACAUGUACAUCCAGUGCAGUGGCAAGAGAUCUGUGCGCACAGACACAAAACACAAAAGGCAGGCAACUCUCUGCACUCACAGGAACAGCUGCACACUUCCCAUCAUGCCACACACAUACCCACUGUACAGUCGAAAAGGCAGAAAUACAAAUAACCGAAUAUAGCAUUGAGCAGUCGAGCUGAAUAAACAAAGAUUGUUGCUAAAUGUUGUGUGUUUCGAUGCAAGCCGUUGUUUGAAAAAUGCGCUUGGAGCCUGAUGUGCUAGAAUAGACAAUCAUAAAAUACAUGUGACCUACAGACCUGCUCUGAUGAAAGCCACUUGCUAUUGUUUUAUUGUUAUUGAGCUGUAUUUUAAGAUAGUAAGAAUCCAAUAACCUUUGAUAUGCCUGAUUAUAAGGGAUCAACUGGAGUUUAUACACUUUACAUGAGUGAUUGCAGUUGGCAGCUGGUGAAAGGAUGAAGAGAGGUGCUCUCAAGUGCUGAGCGGUGCGAAAUGAAGACUUUGGUGUCCACUAGAUACAUCACUGGUGUCAGAGAAAGUCUAAAACUGUGAAUGGAUGGUAAAUGGUUGAAAAAAAGCAAGAUGGCAGACCCCAAACUGGUGCAUUGUCUGAUUAAUAGCAGCAUCCUGUCUGCUUCAAUGAAGAGAUAAAAGUUCUCAUGACUUUGCCAAAGGAAUGCUGGAGUGUAAAGCCCUCUUAAAAAAAUUUAACAAAUCCUCUUUCUACUUGCUGUCGUACUAAACCUGUCACAAUCGUAUAUUCUCUUAUGCUAUCUUUCAACUUCAUGACUUCAGGUUCAAAUCUUUUGUUGUUCAAAUGCUGCUCAGAUCCUCUGAACAUGUGAGAGUGAUUUCAUGUGUUAUAAUGCAAUUUGUCAUGUUUUAGAUCGAUUUUCGACCCAUUUUCUGUUCCUUUGGGCAAAAGGGGAGUAUUAUGUGAUGGGAAUCUAUUCCACUCCAUUUCUCUGGUUUGGAGGUUCAUAAAAAGAAACCCUGCAACCUUUGGUGGAGGAAUGUAUCAUUAAUAGAUGGAUUUAAAUCAAAACCAAGAGUUCUUAAAAUGCUAUUCCUUUGUGGACAUACAUUGCUUGUUUGUUUUUUUUUUACAGAAAAGAUUCCAAAUUUCUUCUACAAAGUCUAUCUGUGGUGUUUCUUAGUCCUGUGAUCCAGAGCUGGAAUGUGGAAUCCCUCCAGGACUGUGGUCUGAGGCCCGUCCCAUCAUCUCCUGACCCCACUCUCUGUGACUGGACUCCUGGAGGCCUCGUCCUGUGGUCUCUAUGGGCAGGGCACAGGAAGCGAUAGCAGCCAGCA